GAGGUACGGAAAUGGUACGUUCAAGUACAGGAGCUAUUGUCAUAGACGCUUGAUUUACAGCUGAAGAUUUUUUCUUAUUAUAUUCACUGAUAUUUGUCUUCCUUGAACAGUAAAUCAUGAUAAAGAUCCGUGUUGCCGUUAUUGGGUGUGGUGCUGCAGGACUUUGUGCUCUAAGACAUCUAACAAGCAGGCCAGAAUUGUACGAGGCUACAGGGUUUGAACAAUUGCCAGGAGUUGGCGGUACUUGGAGGUACACGGAUACUGUUGGAACAUAUGACAAUGGUUUGCCAGUACAGUCCAGUAUGUACAAAAAUUUAAGAACAAAUCUACCAAAAGAAGUUAUGGCAUUCCCUGGGUUUCCAUUUCCUAGUCACCUACCAUCUUUUAUAAAACAUGAGGAAGUCUUGCAGUAUUUGAAGGAUUACUCACAGUUUUAUAAACUAGAGAAAGCUAUCAUGUUUGAUACAAAAGUUGAAAGAGUAAGUCCUGUAGAGGCCAAUAACAAGCUAGAAUGGAAAAUAGAAUAUUCUCGCCAAAAUUCAAAACAAACAAAGAUGUUUGAUGCUGUUUUUGUUUGCAAUGGCCAUUACACAAUACCGCUAGUUCCAAAACUUGAAGGGGCAGAGGAUUUUGGAGGUCUCAUUACUCACAGUCAUGAUUACAGGGUACCAGACACCUAUAAGGAUAUGACGGUGGUUUGUUUAGGUGCCGCGGCUUCUGGUCAAGAUAUAAGCCUAGAUAUAGCUUCCAAAGCCAGAAAGGUGAUCAUAAGCCAUAAUAAGCCAAGCCUUCAAACUGUGUUGCCUAGCAACAUGAGUCAGCAGAGUGGUAUUGAAAGACUAACAAAAGACAGUGUAAUAUUCAAAAAUGGUGCGGAGGAAAAAGUUGACGCUAUCAUGUUAUGUACUGGGUACAGGUACAGUUUUCCCUUCUUAGAUGACGUGUGCAAUAUAAACAUCGAAGAUGAAAGAGUCACGCCUUUAUACAAGCAUAUAAUAAGUGCUAAUUAUCCGUCUUUAGCAUUUAUUGGGGUUUGCAAGAAAGUAUGUCCGUUCCCGCAGUUUGAUUGCCAAGUUAAGUUUGUGCUGUCUACUAUUGAUGGAAGUCAAAAAUUGCCGAGUAAAGAAGAAAUGAUGGUGGAUAAAGAGGAAGAGUUUAGGAGAAGACUUGACGAGGGUAUGCCACCUCGGUACGCCCACACUAUGGGUACACGUCAAUGGCCUUACAACGACAGUCUUGCGGAGAUGGGAAAGUUUGAGCCCAUUCCGAAAGUGGUGCAAAACUUAUAUGAUGAAGUUCACUGUAUGCGUGUGAAGAAUUUACCUACUUAUAAAGAUAGGCAAUACAGGAUUACUGAUGAAACAACUUUCGAAGAAUUGACCAUAUCUUGAUGAAGUUUUAAAUUUUAAUUUAAUUGAUAAAAGAUGAUAAUAAACAGAUCUCAUCAAAAUUUUUUAGAAUUGUUGAAAUAUGAUGUGCAUUUUUAUGCUGGUAAACACAUUUAUAACUAAAUAUUUUGAUAACAACCAUAAGUGUUGUAAAUUGACAUUGAACAGUUUAGAAGUGAAGUAAAGUAAAAAAAUUUGAUUCUAUAAUAACAAAGAUAUGGGGCUUUAUUUGCAUUCACUUUAAUUCAAAUGAUUUUCAGUCUGUCUGAAUGAUUAAUGUAUGUACUUUUAUACUGAUUUUGUUCUAUUUUAAACUUUUUUUGUUAAUUUGAAGAAAUUGCUGACCUUAUAUUCCUUUUGAUUUUGCUUUUUACCUACAAAAGCUUUAUACAUGUGUUUAUAUAAACAUGCUUGUAAUAAUGUGAUUCUUUUAAACUGUGAUAAGUUACUGUUAUAAUGUUUUACUGAUUUUUAAAGGUGCUCAUGUAUUUAUUAGCAUUUAUCAGGCAUAGACUGGAAAUUAACCUUUGUCAUUAGUAUAGAGCCAUGCCAGUGUACACAUUCUUUACAGUCUGAGCAGGCUGUAUACUGUUAGUUAACAUUUUUCUCAAUUUUUUUACAGUAAAAUCUGAUUAUAAUUCAGUAUUCAGGGGACUGCGGAAUUUGUACUGUUAUUGUUAUAUUUGAAAGCCACCAAUUUGAACACAGGAGUCGGAUCCGUGGCAACAGCGUCAUAUCAUAAGUGUCAUAUCAUAAGCGUCAUAUCAUAAACGUCAUAUCAUAAGCGUCAUAUCAUAAACGUAAUAUCAUAAGCGUCAUAUCAUAAACGUCAUAUCAUAAAUGUCAUAUCAUAAGCGUCAUAUCAUAAGCGUCAUAUCAUAAGCGCCAUAUCAUAAGCGUCAUAUCAUAAGCGUAAUAUCAUUUUAAGUAGGGCUGUCAUUGAAUAUCGCAAUAUUGAUGUAUCAUCAAUAUUUACUUUUCUACACAAUUUUGAAUAUCAAUACACUCAAAUCUUUUUUCUUCUAAUCUUGUGAAAAUAUUUUUCCAUUUUGUGUAAAUAGAAAAGUCACUUCUAUAACAAAUAUUCAAGCAUCUUUCUCUCUUCUUACAACAUUAUUUGAUAUAUCAAUAUAUUGUUGAUAAUUGUCUUUCGAUGUAACAAAAAAUUCCAAAAAUGACAGUUCUAAUUAUAAGCCAUAUCGUUAUAAGUGUUGUGUAUUGUAUUUUGUUAUUGAAAUCCCUAAAACUUUGAAUUGAUCAAAUUCUUAAUUCAAAGCAGAUUAAAGCAAGUCAUUAAAUUUAGCAAGUUUAGGUUUUAUGAGAUAUAUGAUGGUUAAUAGUAUUUUAAUAUUAACUUUAAAGUGGAUUGGUCUACAAUGGGCACAUUUUUCAUAAGUUUUUCAUAUAUAGAUAAAAACAGUAGAAAUGUCUCAUUUGGAUAUUCUUACAAAAUAUUUAUUGGAUAAAAAAUGUUGAUAGAGUUCAUUAGGGAAUAAUGAAUAAUUAAAUAUUGCCUUAGAACAAUUUAUUAUCUGCUAUAUGUAAAAAUGUUGUAGCAAACAUCUUUGAUAUGCUUAUAAGACCGCAUUUACAGUUUUGUCUUCAAAAUGGAAGGAAAACGUCCCGUCUUACAGUAAGGGAAAUAUGCUAUGCAGUAUUAGAUCAUACAUCUUACACAUAAAAUAUCAAUAAAUAUUUCUUUUGUGUUUUUUUGUUUUUCCUUGAAUUCUAAUAACUAAUGUUUUGUUCUAAUUCAGAUGCUAU